AUGAGAAACAAACCCUGGCGGAUGGCAAAGAAAUUAGCUGUGCUGAGGGAGGCUCAAGCUUUUGUGGAAAAGUUUGAAGGUGCCUUGGGAAAAGGCAAAGGGAAAAAGUUGUAUGCCUACAAAAUGAUGAUGGCAAAGAAAUGGGUCAAGUUCAAGAGAGAUUUUGACAAUUUUAAGACACAGUGUAUACCAUGGGAAAUGAAGAUAAAAGAAGUGGAAAGUCAUUUUGGUUCUUCAGUGGCCUCCUAUUUCAUAUUUCUACGUUGGAUGUAUGGAGUGAAUUUGGUCCUGUUUGGCUUGAUAUUUGGAUUAGUUAUAAUUCCAGAGAUAUUAAUGGGAGCACCAUAUGGAAGCAUACCAAGAAAAAUUGUACCCAGGGCUGAGCAAAAAACUGCCAUGGAUUUCUCUGUUCUUUGGGAUUUUGAGGGCUACAUUAAGUAUUCUGCUGUUUUCUAUGGCUACUACAACAACCAAAGGACAAUUGGCUGGCUAAAGUACAGGCUGCCAAUGGCAUAUUUCAUGGUUGGCGUUGUCGGUGUAUAUGGAUACAGUAUAAUAGUUGUCAUAAGAUCAAUGGCCCGGAAUGCCCAUGAAGACACAGGCGAUGGGGAUGAUGCGAGCUUCAUUUUUAGCUGGAAAAUGUUCACUAGUUGGGACUACCUCAUAGGCAACCCAGAGACCGCCGACAACAAGUUUGCAUCCAUUACAACUAGUUUCAAGGAGUCAAUUGUGGAUGAGCAAGAAAGCAACAAAGAUGAGAACAUCCACCUGAGAAGAUUCCUGAGGGUUCUGGCCAACGUACUUAUUAUAUGUUGCUUAUGUGGAAGUGGCUAUCUCAUUUACUUUGUCGUUAAGCGGUCCCAGGCCUUUUCCAAAAUGCAAAACGUUGGCUGGUAUGAAAGAAAUGAGGUUGAAAUUGUUAUGUCCUUGCUAGGAAUGUUUUGCCCUCCGCUGUUUGAAACCAUUGCAAACUUAGAGGAGUAUCAUCCUCGGAUUGGACUGAAAUGGCAACUUGGACGCAUUUUUGCACUCUUCCUUGGGAACCUUUAUACUUUCUUGCUGGCCUUAAUGGAUGAUGUCAAAGAAAAGCUGGUUGAAGAAGUCAGCAUCAGGAACAUAACACAUUGGACCCUCCUAAAUUAUCAUAAUUCGUCUGUGGCGAAUGGAAGUGCUGUUUCUCUACCUUCUAUGGAUCCAGCCGAUGUCCCUCGAGGACCUUGCUGGGAAACCACUGUGGGAAUAGAAUUUGUGAGGCUCACUGUGUCUGAUAUUCUUGUGACAUUUGUAACAAUACUUGUGGGAGAUUUCCUCCGUGCCUGCUUUGUCAGAUUUGUAAACUAUUGCUGGUGCUGGGACCUGGAGGCUGGAUUCCCUUCAUAUGCUGAGUUCGAUAUUAGUGGCAAUGUGCUCGGUUUGAUCUUCAACCAAGGGAUGAUCUGGAUGGGAUCCUUUUAUGCACCAGGACUAGUCGGCAUAAAUGUGCUACGUUUAUUAACCUCCAUGUAUUACCAGAGCUGGGCUGUUAUGAGUAGCAAUGUUCCCCAUGAGCGAGUAUUCAAGGCCUCCAAAUCCAAUAAUUUUUAUAUGGGGCUCUUGCUGUUGAUCCUCUUCCUAAGCCUGUUGCCGGUUGCCUACACCAUCAUGUCCCUGCCUCCCUCCUUCGACUGCGGACCAUUCAGUGGGAAAAAGAAAAUGUACGAUGUAAUCCAAGAGACUAUCCAACACGAUUUCCCACCCUUUGUGGCCAAGAUCUUCGGUUAUGUGGCAAAUCCAGGACUAAUUAUACCCGCCAUUCUACUUAUGAUCCUUGCUAUAUAUUAUCUGAAUGCUGUGGCUGAAGCUUAUCAGCAUGCCAAUGCAGAGCUGAAGAAGAAAAUGCAAAUGGUAUGA